ACUGUGAACAGAGGAUUUGAUUUCCUAGGAUGCCUGUGAAGUGGAUGUCUGUUCUGCUGCUCCUGCAGAUGAGUUCCUACUUCAGAUCUGGGAAUUGUGGGAAGGUGUUGGUAUGGCCGAUGGAAUUCAGUCAUUGGAUGAAUCUGAAGACAAUACUGGAUGAACUUGUACAGAGGGGUCAUGAAGUGACAGUUCUGAGACCUGCAUCUUCUAUCACUGUUGAUCCCCAAAAAUCACCUAGCCUGAAGUUUGAGACUGUUCCCACAUCUCUCAGUAAAGACGAUCUGGAAAAGUAUUUCAACAAGUUUGUGGAUGUAUGGACUUAUGAAGUACCAAGAGAUACAUGUUUAUCAUACUCUCCUUUGCUACAAAACCUGAUAGAUGAAUAUUCUGAUUCCUUUCUAAGUCUUUGUAAAGACACAGUUACAAACAAACAACUUAUGACAAAACUACAGAAUUCCAAGUUUGAUGUCCUUUUCUCGGAUGCCGUUGCCCCCUGUGUGGAGCUGAUAGCUGAACUUCUCCAGAUCCCUUUUCUGUACAGUCUUCGCUUCACUCCUGGUUAUACAAUGGAAAAGUACAGUGGAGGAUUAACACUCCCGCCCUCCUAUGUACCUAUGAUUCUGUCAGGAUUAGGUGGGCAAAUGACAUUCAUGGAGAGGGUGAGAAAUAUGAUAUGCAUGCUUUAUUUUGACUUUUGGUUCCAGACAUUUAAUGAGAAGAAAUGGAGUCAGUUUUACAGUGAAACUUUGGGGAGGCCCACUACCUUCACUGAGACAGUAGGCAAAGCACAAAUGUGGCUCAUUAGAUCCUACUGGGAUAUGGCAUUCCCUCACCCAACUUUACCAAAUGUUGACUAUGUUGGAGGACUCCACUGCAAACCUGCAAAACCCUUGCCUAAGGAAAUGGAAGACUUUGUCCAGAGCUCUGGAGAGCAUGGUGUUGUGGUGUUUUCUCUGGGGUCAAUGGUCAGAAACAUGUCAGAAGAAAAGGCCAAUGAAAUUGCGUGGGCCCUUGCCCAGAUUCCACAAAAGGUUCUUUGGAGAUUUGAUGGUAAAACACCGGACACCUUAGGACCCAAUACCAGAGUCUACAAAUGGCUCCCUCAGAAUGACCUUCUAGGUCAUCCAAAAACCAAAGCCUUUGUAACUCAUGGUGGAGCCAAUGGCGUCUAUGAGGCGAUCCAUUUUGGAAUCCCUAUGAUUGGCAUUCCUUUGUUUGGAGAACAACAUGAUAAUAUUGCCAACAUGGUGGCCAAAGGAGCAGCUGUUGUAUUAAAUAUUAGAACGAUGUCAGGGUCAGAUUUGCUCAACGCAUUGAAGGCAGUCAUAGACAAUCCUUCCUAUAAAGAAAAUGCUAUGUGGUUAUCAACCAUUCAUCAUGACCAACCCGUAAAGCCCCUGGACAGAGCCGUCUUCUGGAUUGAGUUUGUCAUGCGCCACAAAGGGGCCAAGCACCUGAGGCCACUUGGCUACAACCUUUCUUGGUACCAGUACCACUCUCUGGAUGUGAUUGGAUUCCUACUCGCCUGUGUGGCAGCCAUAGCUUUCCUUGCCAUAAAAUCCUGCUUAUUAAUUUAUCAAAAGUUUGCGAAGAUGGGAAAGAAAAUGAAGAAUGAGUAGAUCUCAUUGAGAAUGUACUACAUGAGCUAAAUUUCAGCAUCAUUCUAAUUUAUGAACUGCCUUCCAAAUAUUCACUGAUUAAUUUAUCUUGUCAUAUCUUGUUCAUAUCUUCAUGCUUUGACAGAUGAAAGGGAAGGGGAAAAUAAUGUAAUUACAUUGUAUUCUCAAAAAAUAAAAGACAUUAUAAAAAUUAAAAUGCUGAGCAAGCUAUAAGGAACAAUCUAGUGACCAGAGUCCCUCCAUUACAUCUGCUUCAGUUCUGCCUUCUGAUUCCUGCCUUUAACCUCUGACCUACUUUUCCUCAGUAAUGGACAGGGAGCUAUGAGAUGAAAUAAACCCUCCCCUUUCUCAAAUAUAAACGAGCUAAAUUUCAGCAUCAUUCUAAUUUAUGAACUGCCUUCCACAUAUUCACUGAUUAAUUUAUCAAGUCAUAUCUUCUUUUGAUAGAUGAAAGGGAAGGAGAAAAUAAUGUAAUUAUAUUAUAUUCUCAAAAAUUAAAGACAUAAUAAAAAUGAAAAUGCUGAGCAAGCUAUAAGGAACAAUAUGGUAAGCAAAGUCCCUCCAUUACAUCUGCUACAGUUCUGCCUUUUGAUUCGUGUCUUUAACCUCUCAUCUACUUUUCCUCAGUAAUGGACAUGGAGCUAUGAGAUGAAAUAAAGCCUCCCCUUUCUCAA